AUGUACCACUCAACCCCGGAAUACAUGCGCGAUUCUGUGUUCGGUUUAGACUUUGGAUUUGCUAACAGUUUGAGGAAGGCUCUCAGGAGAUCUAUUAAAGGCGAAAAGGACAAGGGGGCUCAGAUCUCCAUCGCGCCCAAGACCGCAGUUGCUAUUGUGCCUCCGAAGAAGGUCAUUCGAGCUCUCUAUGACUACCAGGCGCAAUCCUCGCAAGAACUCAGCUUCUCUCGCGGAGACUUCUUCCACGUCAUUGGCCGCGAAAAUGAUAACGACUGGUACGAAGCAUGUAACCCUGCUUUGCCGGAUGCCCGUGGCCUCGUCCCUGUUGCCUUUUUCCAGGCUCUAGGCCGCACAGAGAGAGACAGUGCUCAAUCCGACUCGGGCAAUUCUGCCAAGAACCUUGAUCACGACUCGGGGUAUGCAGAGACCACAUCACCGACCCCAGCCCAAAGUCAGCGCAACUCGAAAUUGGCAGUAAAGAACGGAGCCAUGGUGUACGGUAUUGUCAUGUAUGAUUUUGUGGCAGAACGAGCAGACGAGUUGGAAGCAAAAGCCGGCGAGGCUAUUAUAGUAAUUGCCCAGUCCAACCCUGAGUGGUUCGUUGCCAAGCCCAUAGGCAGGCUCGGCGGUCCAGGCUUAAUUCCAGUUUCUUUCGUGGAAAUUCGGGACAUGGGGACCGAUACCGCAGUUCAAAAUCCCCAGGACGCUAUUAAGAGGGCGGGUGUCCCCAAAGUCGAAGAGUGGAAGAAGAUGGCUGCUGAGUACAAGAACAGCAGCAUCACUCUUGGCAAAUUCGAGGUCGGUGGCGCACCUGGCCAGCAAGGCCAGCAAGGACUUGAACAGGGCAUGGAGCGUAUGAGUAUACAGCCAGGUGGCAGACGCGCAAGCGAACAGCAAUCACCUGGGAGCAACGCGCAAUCCCCUCAGCAGCAGCAACGCAACACCCAGCAAAACUUUCAACAAAACCCUUACAGCGCCAAGCCUGGCAACCAAUUAUUGGCGCCUAUCGAGGCGCGCAUACCGAGGUACUGUUUUGCAGAGGAAAAGUAUUGGUUUGUUAUUGAAGCCCAGCUUGAAGAUGGUCGUCACUGGGAAUUAUCUCGCUAUUAUGAGGACUUCUACGACUUCCAAAUUGCUCUUCUGACCGAGUUUCCUGCCGAGGCCGGCAACACAAACACACAAAAGCGCACGUUACCGUAUAUGCCUGGUCCGGUAAACUACGUCACAGACGCUAUCACAGAAGGCCGGUUGCAUAACCUCGAUGCAUAUGUCAAGAAUCUUUUGGCCCAACCUGACUACAUCGGAAGAUGUAAUCUUGUCAGGCAGUUCUUUGCUCCAAGGGAAGGCGAUUAUGAAAUCGACGCUGACUUAAAUGGCGGUGACGAAUAUCGACUAUCUGGAGGCUCCGGGCACUCGUCCGCAGACUCAGCACGGGACGGUGCCUCACUACAGACUUCACAGAACAAUCUAAACGGUAAUGGCUAUGGCGGCUUGUCAGCUGCUCCCCGACAGAUGUCGAGCGGGCAACCUCAAAUGUCACGUCAGACGUCUUCGCUCUCCCAGCCAUCACAAACUUCCUUGUCUCCUGGUGUGCAGCAGCAACAGCAACAAGUUCCUGCGUUCAAGGUGAAGCUUUUCUUCAACGGUGACACCUUUGUCAUUCGUGUCCCGUCAGACACCGACUACCAACAACUUUCCGACAGAAUCCGGGAAAGAGUCAAGUUGGGCGGCGAACUACAGCUCUUUUAUCGAGAUGAGGCUAGUGGUGACAAGCUAGGCUUAAUGAGCGACAACGAUCUCAACUACGCUCUGGACCACAAUGAGAAGCUGGUCAUCUUUGUUGAGAAUCCGUGA